AUGUAUGGUCCCCGUCCAGAUGAGGAAGAGAUCAUUAAUUGCAGCCUUGAGGAUUGCUCCCCUGGUUUUGGGACAUAUAGUAAGCACGGCUACAUCUUUGCCUCGCUUUGUGGAUAUGUAGUAAAGAAAAGUGAUAAAUGGAUGAUGCCGCGUAUUUCAGUGGCUCGAGAGAGAGAGUCUCAUCUUCUACCAGGUGUUGGUGCAAUUGUCCACAUGCAAAUGGAGACAGUGAAUGGGUCUAACAAUGAUGAUUCAAUAAGAGAGAAUCCCACAGUGGGAUUCACCUUUGCUGAGCUUUCAGAUAUUCAAAGUUUGACAGUUUUGGAACAUGAAAGUGACAUCCUGGAUAGAGUGACAAAUCCACACACAGGAUUCAGACCGAAAUCGGUAAUGAGCAUAAACUCACGGUUUUCUAAAGUCCAAAUUAUGUAUAUUGGAUCCACAGCGCUGAAAAAUACUUUCAGAGGCACAAUAAGAAAAGAAGACAUUCGUGCUACUGAAAAAGAUAAGGUGGAGGUAUACAAAAGUUUUCGUCCAGGAGAUAUUGUUGUUGCAAAAGUUAUAUCGCUGGGAGAUAUCCAGUCCAAUUAUUUGUUAUCUACAGCUGAGAAUGAGCUAGGAGUUGUAGUUGCACAUAGUGAAGCAGGAGCAACCAUGGUGCCGAUCAGCUGGUGUGAGAUGCAGUGCCCAAGGACGCAUAUUAAAGAGCAGAGGAAGGUGGCACGUGUGCAGCCAGAGUUCCUUCAAACAUAGAAGCAUAUCUUGUCUAUUAGGAACCAUUCUUUUAACACCUAUGAACAGAUCUGUAACCACUAUGUGGUUAGACCAUUCAAUAUCUACAAUGGGGAAAAUUGUAUAUUGUAUUUUUUUUAACGUUGAAUUAAACACUUCUGUGCUUUUAUUACCAUUGUA